AUGAUCACAACGACACAUAACCCUGUGGUAUAUUGUUGUACUCCUUCAAGCCAAUUUUCUGUGGACACAAAAACUUGUCCGAGCAACAUUGACCGUAAUAAUGACACCGAUACCACCCUAUUGAAUUCCUAUAUUGAUAGAUUGCAUUCCAGAAGAUCGAAAUCAUUACAUUUGUUUUUAAGAAAUCUUUCUCGGUAUUCCCAUUCCCACAGUUUGGAAACAAAUUUUCAAAACACUCCAUCAUCAUAUCAAACAUUUGGUCCUUCUCUUUUCGAGCUCCUUCCAGAUGAAAUUAUCCACUACAUAUUUUUAUUUGUGAACAACACAUCGCUAUUGAGCGUCAUGAUGACAUGUCAACGAUUUUAUGAAAUAUCCAAUGCUCCACAAUUUUGGAAGGAAAAAAGCCAAUACGAAGGAUUGAAAAAAGGUGUAUGGGACGGACAGCUGUACUCUAUUCUUGAUGGAGAGUUUUGCAAGAAAUAUUACUUGAACAUUGUGGCACUGAAAAACAGUUGUUACCAAGUGAAAUAUUCAGAAGACAAAAAUAUAAUUUUUCUUUGCCAAGAUUGGACAAACACCAACAUGGGCUUUGCUUCCAAUGCUGCCAUUUAUAUUGACGCUUCUGCUUAUUCAGAAUUUUCAACCACAGUUAACAUUGAGCAGCAAGAAGAAAAUAACAUUGACCUCAUCAAGAGACUGAAAGUAACAUUGCUCAAAUGUUUCACGAUGGGACUGAAAAACGUUUCGUUUUUAGUGGAUGUUUGUAAUUGUGAGGAGUCACAAAUUCCUCAUAUCAAGCAUGUGAUUGAUAUUUUAAAACCCUUGUUACAAAUGAUAUGUAGAAGGAUUGGUUUUCAAGCUCAAAAUUCAGACUAUAUUUCUAUCAUUAAUUCCAAGACCUUAGAAGGAGUGAUAAAAAACAACAUCACAGGUGAAACAUUUCUUAAUCAUAUCAUUGAAAAAUAUCGAGCACUAUACAAUGGCGGCCACAACUUGACAGCAACCAUUCUAAAUAUUAAUAGUAUUUCUAAACGAAAAGACACACUUCGUGUUGUUGCACAGAUUGCACUUGUGAGUGGUCGGCUCGAAGAGAAUGGAAGAUUUGUGUUGCACACCAACAGCCACGAGACAAGUGCAAAAAUUAGAGGUCAAUUUGUGAAGGUAUUUCCAACCAAUGACGAAAGAGUUCCACUGAUUAAUGACAUGUCCAUCAGUACCUCUCCAACUCACUUCUUUAAAGUGGUGACGGUUCAUUUCGAUCUUUUUACAACAGAUUUGACACUUCCCAUAAGAGCAGGUUGCACUCUUAAAGAUUAUCGAGAACAUUCGGAACACUCAGGACAGCUUCUUUCUUUCACAGCACAACUUAUAGUUAUGGGUUCGAACUCUUUAGAAAGUGGAGAAGUGGUCCUAUGUAGUGGUACAUCGUUUUGUUUUCCGACUCGAAUGACUCUGAAGGCCUUAUUGGAUCGUCGAUCGGGAAUGAUAUUGCAAGAAAACCCACCAUUCCUUAACAAAUCAGAAGCUGCCUUAGCAACGUUUGAUAUUUUGGAAGAAGUCGAUCGUUACACCAAUGCUGCUAUCCUCGAUGCCUUUCCUUCUAAUCCAACGUGUGGUCGACUGUUUUUUAAUACCAUUCCUGAGACAAUUCGAAGAAGCAAAUUACCAAUCUUUGUGAAAAAGUUAUUGAUUCAAGAAAUGCAGCCAUGUGCUGUGUCAGUGUGUAAAUCCGUCGAAAGAGAGAACAAGGAAUUGUCUUUUGAAAUUCGUAAUUACAGUGCGAGUGAAUAUGGUAUUGGCAGUCUCUUGUGA